GCAGUCUUGCCUAAAAAGCUUCUUCCGUUGGAAAUUAUGAUGAGGAAUCGCGUGCAAGGCCUCACUCACGUAGCUUCCGGGUAACGACUCCUGCAUUAGCCAAACGUUUUUCCCAAAUCACGCAAGCUUCGAACCGGCACAACAGCAGACCAACCUUUCCAAAAAUGUUUACGCCGAAAACUCGGUCGUUGGUAUCGAAGGCGACUCCGGAACGCACGGCAGCGCGUCCCUUCACUCCCGCGGCCCUCCACCCGCGCCACCGCCAAUUCCGCACCUUCUCCCCCUCCUCCCCAACCACUCCCCUCUCCGUCUCCGCCUCCGCCUCCGCUCCUCCUCCCCCCCUGGAGCCCGACCUCCCCUCCGCCCGCCUCGCCUCCGCCGCCGCCUCCCAGCAGCGCUCCACGCAGCUGCUGGCGGCGCUGCUGUCCGCGGGCGACCCGCUGGCGGUGGCGCGGCAGCACGUGGAGGCGCUGAGCGAGGAGUUCUUCAUGAGCGCGGGGGCCUACCUGUCACUGGCCCAGCAGGAGGGCAACCCCGAGGUGGUGACCCGCCUGCAGGCCGCCCUGGGCGCCGCCUGGGCCGCCAAGCAGGCCACGCUGGCUCCGGAGCUGCAGCUGCUGAAUCGGCUGGUGCGGGCGGGGGGAGGCGCGGAGAGGAAGCAGGUGGGGAGGCAGAUCUACCUCUCUCUUGGCUCCGACCUGCUUCCCACGCUGUCCGGCGGCGGCCGCUCCUUCCACCGCACGCUGGCCGCCAUGGCCGCUGACGUGGCGCGCCAGCCGCCGCAUGCGGGGCGGGCGCAGCUGCUGGCGGCGCUGAGGGAGGUGGCGGCGGAGGUGGAGGCGAUUGAGAGGCAGGCGGCGAAGAGGGGGCAGGGGCAGGGGCAGCAGCAGGGGAAGGAGGAGAAGGAGUGAUGGAGAGGGGGAAGAAGAAGAAGGAGCGUUGGGGGGAGAGUGGGUUAGAAGGUGCGGUGGGAGAGAGUAGAGGGCGGAGAGACGCGGAGUGGCUUGCGCUGCUGGGAGAGACCCCGUGUAUAACAGGAAGCAUGAAGGGGGGGAGGACCUCAGGACCGUGGCUACGGCUGUACAGAACUUAUAUACCGGUAACCGGGUGGGACCUGUUGAAGCGAUUUUGCAUGGCUUUGUGUAGGAUGUUUUUUGGUGCAGGGGUGUUGCCGUUUGGUGUAUGUAUCUGAAUCUCGCUGUUGUGUACCCGGUUUUUGGAAUCGACGGCGCCAGGCACAGCUAUCUGGAAGUGGCGAGCCAGUUCGUUGGAUGUCUUGCUGGUGGUUCGUAGUUUGGUAGACUGCACACGUGGACGCCUAAGAGCAGUGCUGCAUGUGCUUUGUACCGUAGACCGUAUCUGUUACCCGUGCAAAUUGAGGACAGAUACGGUGGUUACUUUGUAUGGUGCGUUUGGUAUAUCUUCUAUGGUAAACGCCUUCUUAUUCACUUCGUGAAGAGGUGCGUGCUGUUGGUUUUACUAGCGUGUUGUGGUUGUAUUGCGAAGGGCAGAGUACGGCACAUGACUCAUGCGUGUUUCGCCAUUUGAAGCCCGCUUAUGCAUGAGCCUCAGUUCUGUCCUCAACCCUGUUGGUCUGCAUUGUGCAUGCCCAACCAUAACAUCUUCCGUUUAUUUUACGGUAUCACGACGUGUGCUCCAAGCUGGGCCUUCCCCUACACCUACCAUGUUGGACGGUACGGCAACUGCUACACGAAUGAUGGUAGCCGCCGCGCGAGAACCUGUAAUACGCUAUGUACCGAC